UUUCCAAUCAUGCAUUGCGUCUUCCCAAAAUGUCCAACGUGUCGCCUUACAGAGAGAUUUUUUAUUUUUAGCCCUGGGUGGUUCGUGUGAGGUUCCCCUUUGGAUCCUGAGGCCUUUUUUAAAAGUGGUAGGUGGAGUUUAGCCUCUCUCCUGUCCCCAGACCUGAGUUUGGGUCACUGUGGUCGGGUGUUUCCACUCUCCGGUCUCCUGUUGGUAUCUCCUGGUUCCUUUCCCUACGCCAAACCACACAUCUUCAACAAGUUUUGAAGUCAUUUGAAGAGGCAAAUCAUUAUCAUCGAAACGUUGCAAUGGAUCAGCAUAAGUAUCGCACAGCGGGAGUCCAGGAGAAGUUGGAGAUCCUCGGGGUGGAAGAUGCCGACGGGAACCCAAUCAGCGCCUUGACCAUCUUGUCGCUUCUGGAACGCGUGGCCGGCAUCAUCGACAACGUCCAGUCCUGCCAGCAGCGCAUGGAGGAGCGUCAGAUGGACCUGGAGGGCAACAUCAAGAGCAUCCAGGGAGACGUGAUGAAGCUCGCCAAAGACCACACGGACACCAACUGCACGGUGGAGAAACUGCUGCAGAAGACCCGCAAAGUCAGCGCCAAUGUCAAGGAAGUCCGCACGCGUGUCGAGAAUCAAAACGUCCACGUGAAGAAGGUGGAAACCACGCAGGACGAGCUGCUCACACGCAACAAGUUCAGGGUCGUCAUCUAUCAGGGCGAGACUGAGAUCCCAUCAGUGGCCGUCACAAAGUCUCCCAAAGGAACCGGCUUGGACGGAGUGGAGGUCGAACCCGACAUCUACGACGUCCCUGCCGACCUCUCCUCGGACGAAGAGUACCUGAGCGUUGAAGAGGCCGACCCCUCCAGAGCCACCCGCAUGAAACAAUCCAUGGUGAAGAGCACCGAGACCCUGAAGGCCGCUUUCUCCAAGGAGAACAUGAGCAAAACCAGAGGAAACCUGGGCACCAAGUUCCACAACCUGGGAGAGAAGGUGAUGCCUCACGAGCGCCGGGACAAGAUGCAUCAGGCCGGCGAACGCCUAAAACAGUCCGGAGAGCGUCUGAAGGACAACAUCGCCAAGAAAGCGCCGAACAGAGAGACCUUUCGCAUCAAACUGAAGAAGGAGAGGGCGGUGGCUGAAGGGCAGGAAGGCGCCGAAGCUGAAACCGAAGGCGAAACAGAAGCAGAGGCCGAAGCCGAAGCUAAAGUCCCAGAGGAGGAGAAACCAGUUGCCUCCACUGAAGUUGCGAUGGAAACCAAGAGAGAAGGUCCGGUGGAAGAAGCAGGCGCCACCCGGAUACCAGAGGACGAAUACACAAAGUAAGAUCGAACAGGAAAAGGAGGCGGGCAAAUCGGGGGAACCUCGAAACGUUGAGGAUUUAGAGAGAAGAUCUGCGAUUGGUCGACAUCCACGAUGAUGGACACUCUUAUCUGCAAGAAUGUAUUAAAGACGGAAGAAAACUCUUGAAGUGGGUUUUUCGGGACUCAUCCGAACGCGAACUGGUUAUUUAUUAAAGUGUCAGGGUGUGGAAUUAUAUGAUUCAAACAGCGUGACAUGAAUGUAAGAAUCUUUAUUUCAAAUGAUGAAAAUCAGGUUUCAAGUUUGUUUGGUUAAUUUGUGGAGUCUAAAUGUGUGGGAUUAUAACCAGUGAUUAGCACUGGACGCCUGGAAGGUAAGGAAAUGGUUGAUUGAGGACGAUGAAUGUUGAUCUGGAGUUUGUGUACUGAUCUUUUAUCUGGAUGUACAUAUAAUGUUGUACAUACUGCCAAGCAUUUGGGAGGUGAAAUUCGGUCGUUGCGGGCCUCAGCCGGUCUCUGAGACGCCCGCUGAGGAGAUAAAACAACGGAUAAUGGAUUUAAACGUCAGACUGGUUUCUGUAUGCAAAAUAGUGGGAAGUUUAGAGGCGCUUGAAAGCAGCAUCAGCGAUCGCUUGGAUAGACGCUAAAGCUGCACAUGGGAAAGGUUUGGGACUUCAUUACCCAGAGUUCAUUGCACCCGGGAUAAACCGAGUGAAAUGUUCAGGGGCAGGAAGUUGGGUAAAUUAUGACUACCAAGUUAACAUUCAAUUAUAGUGUAGGCACCUUAAUAAUAGAUAAACUAAAUUAUAAUUGUGUUUGUUGGGAGCGUCAGAUCUGUCCCAACAUUUUUAAAGAAAUAUACGAAAUGCGAUGGUAAUUUCGUUAACAUAGGAUAACGUUUUAUCCAUUACGAGACAGCACCAAAGUACGGUGGCCCUGAGGAUCCAAAGUACAUUUUAAAAUGACAGUAAAAUAUUUCAUAAAACACAACUUCGGACAUGUUGUGUUUUGACCUUCAGGGCCACCGUAUCAACGUCAUUAAACGACGAGACGAUAUCAACCUGCAAUAUUGUUAAUGAAAAAACACUCAAAAAGAACCUCAAAUCUGUCUUUUGAUGUGUUUUUAAAUAUCGUAAACAAGUUUCCUCUGAGAAAGGGCUGCACCAAAUUACAUUUUACACCAUUCAUUUAGGGGACGCUUUUAUCCAAAGCUUAUUUCAAAAAGUGAAAUUAACCACGUCUGUUGCAAUACAUUAUAAACACAUUUCCCCAAAGUGUUCUGGAUCCCCUUUGGAAUUCAAAUACAACUUUGAUUUAAGCUAAAAACCACAUAUUUGUCCAGGUGUAUUGAGCAGCAGCAGCAUCGGAUAAAACAAAUAAAACUUAGCAUGAACUUAAUAGUAACACAGUCCCUUAUAAAGAUCGUGGACGUCAGACUGUAAUUACUCUUGUGAAAGUGGAUGUCGUGGCUUUAACGCUUUUUGCUGAUUUUCGACGUAUGAAUGUUGUAUUUUGUCCAGCUUUGCUGCUUGAUAUAUAUUUUAUUUUGAGGUUUAGUGGGCAUGCUGGCUGUAUUCUCCUGGAGUGAUUAUUAGAGGAGACAUUUUCUGUAGAAGCUUAUCUCACGUAGUGCUGUUGAUAUAUAUUAGUACAGUGUCUUAUUCUGAAAAACGCACUUCCUGUAUAGCUUUCAUUUCACGACUUGCUGUAUUUAUGUUCCUGGUGAGUGAAACUGUACUGGUGGAACAUUUAAUGAAGCAGAUUAAUAGUAUUUGGGUUUAAACAAGGUUUCAUCCGUUGCAUUUGUUUCUUUUUUCAUUUUUAAUUACAGUUCCAUUUUGUGUUUUGUUGUCAUUUUUACAAUCAUCUCGAUCCAGUUUGAGUGCUUUACAACGAGAAUCAGCUGAUUGAGAGCUGUGUUGUUGUUUUGGCCUGUACGCUAUACUGUAUAAGCAACAUCUGACAUUAAUCAUUUUGUUUUUCUAUAAAUAAAGACUCAUGAAACCUCCUU